UCGACCUCAAUGUAAUCUUGUACGCAUACCAGCAUACUCGUCAAUUCGAUUUAUUUAGCCACUUAUAUUUAGAAACAUCUGCUAAAAAUUGUCAUUUAUCACUUUUAUAGAAAUAAAAAAAUAAACAAAUUGACAAUGAAGUUGAUAAUUUUAAGUUUUUUCAUCAUAUUUUCUUUAUAUCAAGUGACUUGUUAUAAUUAUGUGUUUGGUAAUGUUUUGGAUCGUGUCGUUUUGGAGAAUAUAACGAAUGUUCAGUAUAAUGCCAUACCUUUUAUAAAACGUGUGAAAAUGUUCUUCUAUAACAAUCCGUCCAAUAGGAUUAUAGCGGGUAUCCAAGCUCUGGACAAGCUGCACAGCCACUCCAGCAUCAACAUCACAGCCGGCGGGGUGGGCUACUCCUACGUGAACCUUCGUCUGAAGAGCGACAGAGGAACAGGUCUGGAUUACGAGAUCGGCAUUUACACCAGCGACCCGAGAUAUAAUAACUUCAAUGGUUAA